UUCAAAAGUAAACGGUUUUCGGGAAUGCUCGCCAAAAGCUUAGCUGACCCUUGUUUUCGGCCAUGGCCAUGGCUAUGGAGCUUGAGAGCGGCUUGAAUCGCACUCAGGAGAGAAGCAAGGAGAGAGUGAGCUUAGAAGGAGAGAAAGUGAUAUUGGUGCCAUACACGGAAGCUCACGUGCCGAAGUAUCACCAGUGGAUGCAAGACCCGUCACUUCUUGAAGCUACAGGGUCUGAGCCCCUUACCCUCGAUCAGGAAUACCAGAUGCAGCUUUCAUGGUCACAAGACCCCGACAAGCAAACCUUCAUUGUGUUGGAUAAGGACUUGGUUGUUGGAGAGUUUACACAUGGAGAACCCCAUGUUGAAGCUAUGGUUGGGGAUGUAAAUAUAUUCAUGAAUGACUUGGAUGAUCCUCAGAUGGCAGAGAUCGAGAUAAUGAUAGCUGAACCAAAGAGGAAAGGAAGAUGCACACACAUCCAUUUACACACACAAACAUGUCAAAGGCAGCAUAGCCGUGGCAAAGGACUUGGAAAGGAGACUGUUGUGAUGAUGAUGGCAUUUGCAAUUGAGAAAUUAGGGAUCAACAUCUUCCGGGCUAAAAUCGGCGAAUCAAAUGCUGCAUCCCUUACCAUGUUCCAAAAAUUGGGUUUUGUGCAAACUUCAUGUAGCAACAUUUUCAAGGAGGUGACUUUAGAGUUCAAAGUAACACAACCCAAGCACGAGGAGAUGCUGGCUUUGAUGGGUGGUGUAGUCAAACACACAUGAAGCCAUCAAACGUUUCUGGCACACAUCUUUUCUCUGAUAGAAUGACUCUUCUGAUAUUUUCAUGUUCUGAUGGUAUAUGGCUUUUAGAUUGUCCAUACGAUGUAGAAGAUUCUGAGUUCUGAUGUUAAUGAUUGGUCAUUUAACUGAUCUUGCCUUUCUCAUCUGAAACACUGAACUAAAAGCUAGUUAGCUAGAUACUAACACUUGCAUUUCAUGUUCCAUAAAUUGCAUGCAGUUCCCUGCGAACAAACCGUAAGCCUGUGAUGUUGAUUAUAUAUAAAACACAUGAAUUUUGUGUUUGA